AUGGAGAGGCAGAGAAACAUCUCAGAAUUCAUAUUUCUAGGACUUUUGUAUGACCAGAGCAUACACAUAUUUUGCUUUGUGCUCUUAUUCUCUUAUGUUGCCCUGUUGGCAAGAAACCUUCUGAUCGUUAUCUCCAUUCGAUGCAGCCCUCUGUUUCAUCAACCCAUGUACUACUUCCUCAGCCACUUAUCCACUAUGGACAUCUGCUACACCUCUAGCAUUACACCCAAAUUAAUUGGUGACCUACUAGGGGGGACAAAAACCAUCACCUAUGGUAAUUGUAUGUUACAACUCUUUGCUGUGCACUUCUUUGGAGACAUUGAGAUCUUCAUUCUAUCCAUGGCUUUUGAUUGCUAUGGUGCCAUCUGUAAACCUCUCCACUACAUGCUUAUCAUGGACAAGACAAGGUGCAAUCUCCUGGUCUUAGCUGCUUGGGCUGGUGGGGCUCUCCAUUCUUUUCCUCAAUUAUUGAUGACAAUCCAAUUGCCAUUUUGUGGUCCUAAUGAAACUGAUCACUACUUUUGUGAUAUCUUUCCUUUGCUGGAAGUUGCCUACACUGAUAUCUACAUCACUGGGGUCCUUGUGGUUGCCAAUUCAGGUACGGUCGCCUUAGUUACCUUUGUUGUCUUGUUUGUUUUUUAUGUCAUUAUAUUGUUUAGUCUAAGACAUCACUCAGCUGAGGGAAGACACAAAGCCCUCUCCACCUGUGGGUCUCAUAUCACUGUGGUCAUCUUAUUUUUGGGGCCUUCAAACUUUGCCUACCUUCGACCUCCAGCCACUUUCCCUGAGGACAAAGUAUUUGCUCAAUUUUAUACUAUCAUUCCUCCUAUGUUCAAUCCCUCAAUCUAUACGCUGAGAAAUAGAGAGAUGAAAAAUGCCAUGAGAAAAGCUUGGUGUCAAACAUUAUUUUCAAAGGAAGCAUGCAAUUAA